AGCCGAGGCGCGAAUAUCUGAAGCCUUGAGCUGCGUCAGGGUCCCGUCUAUUCUGGGCUGUAAACUAAUAGUGGAGUCAGGCACAAGGCGCACGACAAAUCCACUCUCACACGUCGCAGGGUUCCACAGCCCCUCUGUUGUUGAGCAGAGGGGAAAUUUGAAAAAAAAAUCAAAAAUCUGUUUAUGAUUACACAGAAGGAAUUUUUUUUUCUUCUCUUGUUUCAGCAAGGCCACAAGUAAACAUUUUAGCAAGACAAGCUGCGAUGCCGAGCGCAAGUUCAGGGCCGCCCUUCAGACCCUGUGUGGAGUCCUAAUUAAAGAGCUGAACUUUCCCAGUAUUGGAGCCAGGAAGAGGGGUGGCUUUGUGCAGAAAGGCAGGCUUGGACCGGCGCUACAGGAACGCAGCGAGCCUCCACAGCCAGUCAGCUGUUGUGCCCUGCGUCUUCUGCCUUUUCUUGGAACUGUCCAUCCUUUUUUUUUUUUUUUUUUUGCUGCUUUUUUUUUGUUUUCAUCACAGAACCGCAGCGGUGAGAUAUGUGCCUAUCAGCAGGGUGCACAUUGCUGUCCUGUGUGGCUGUCACACGCUUGGAUCGACGAGGGGUGUGGAGUGACUGAGGCACCACCACAGUAGAGCGCAGAGGAAGACAGGACAGCAAACAGGGUGGCAGGACACCUCAGACACAGGCAUGUCAGUCAAGCUGCACUUCUCCAUUCCAGUGGAGGGCGCCGGAGUCAAUCGGAGUCGCUCCUUUGCUGGCUUCAGUGGAGUCCACAGCAGGAGGGCACAGUCCUACUCCGUCAACAGGAGCUCUGUGAGGUCCAAAGUGUCCCUGCAGAAGUCCCCAAGGAUGCAGUCCAGCUCCAGUAAGGCAGCACUGGCCCGGGACCAUCAGCCACAGCAAGUAGAGAGGAUAUUCAAGGCUUUACAGAAAGGCUUAAAUGAGUACCUGGAAGCCCACCAGAUGGAAUUAGACUUCCUCGCUUCCCAGCAGAAAGACACCAGAAGGAAUUCCAGACUGGCUUUUCUCUACGACUUGGAAAAGCAAACAAGGGCAGCUGAGAGGUAUAUCCGGAGGCUGGAGUUUCACAUUAGUAAGAUCGAGGAGCUCUACGAGUCGUACUGCAUUCACUGGCGCCUCUGUGAUGGGGCUCAGAAUAUGAAGAAGGCCUUCUCAAUGCUACCGUCCUCCAAGGCGUCACGGGAGAGUCUCCUGGAGCUCAGCAAGAACUACAAGGAGUGUAUGGAGGACAUGUGCUUAAUAGAAGGAGCCCUUGAAAUCCUCCUAGGCGAGCUACACGUCAGCAUGAAAGGACUGAUUGGCUUCGCUCGUCUGUGUCCCGGAGAUCAGUAUGAGGUUUUAAUCAGACUUGGCCGCCAGAGGUGGAAGCUGAGGGGAAAAAUUCAGACAGAUAACCGGCAGACGUGGGACACCGAACGGAUGAUCUUUCUGCCUCACAUCCAUGAAAAUUUUGAAAUCAAGGUGACAGAACUCAGGGGCCUCAGCACCAUUCUUGUUGGUGAAGUGACAUGCGAGAGUGUGGAUUUCUUCUCUGUCCGAAAUCAGAUCAUGGUUGUGGACAUCACAGAACUGGGGACCAUCAAGUUACAGCUGGAGCUUGUAUGGAACCCAUUUGACUUUGGAGAGACUGACCUACUGAGCAGCUCGGCCAGCAGGCUCUCAAUAUCCAGCAGAAAGGGAUCCCUGUACAGCUGGACACCACCCAGUACACCCAGUUUCAGAGAGAAAUACUUCAUUUCUGUUGUUCAACAGAUCCAUGACCCAGAUGGAUCCUUUCCCCUAACUCCCCGUGACACAAGAGGAAUCUCAAUCCUGGAUUACUUAGCAGACAGUCCACACGGAUCACUCUCUCCCAUCUUCCUCAAACACAGAAAGAAUUUUCAGACUUCCAGUCAAACGGUUUUCUCCCCCAGCAGCAGAGAUGAACCUCAGGCAAAUGGCACUGGACGGCAAACACGACUCUCAUCUGGGGGCUGGUCGGAAGACUCCUUAUCCAAGGAGGAAAGCCAUUCUGAUAACCUGUUACCUCAGCAGUGGUACGGAACACCUGAUAUUCUAAAAGAAAAUGGUCUGAAGGCUGACGGCUACCCCUCUAGUGGUCAAAUCUCCACAAAACAGCUAAAAUUAGAAGAAGGAACAGACAAAGGCAAAGACAGCCGAGACACACAGGAUAAGAGUCACUUAGGGAAAAGCAGGCACAGCAUUUCUGGGCUGCUACAAGAUGUGUUUGAAGCUCUGAAAAGCCUGCAGAAGGAGGACAGGACACUGAAGCGUUUGGAAAAGCAGACUCUGUACUUCAGAGACAUUUUAAAGAGCACCCUCUAUGUGCAUCAGACGUCAUCCACAGAGACUCUGGCAGUCGAAGAGGUCCUAGAAAGCUUUGACUUCUUGGCGUCCGAUUUUAAUGCUGAUGAGAUGUCCUGUCAUGGGAGUGUAAGAGUACGAGACCCCAGGAGUGGAAAUCUCCAAGCUGGCACUCUUAGAAGCCUCCAAUUUGGCUCAAAAGAUUCCAAAUCUGCCCCAAGUAAUACAGAAAGUGUAUCAUUGACUACAGGCAACGAAAGUUUAGAUGUGGCGCUCGUGUGUCAUCUGUGGGUUUGUAAAGUUCUUUUACAGCACCUCAAGAGCUCAGAAUCCAAACUGGUCCAAGAUGUUCUCCUGGAGGAACUUUCUUUGCAAGCGGAUGUACUACAGAAGAUAAGCAGGCUGUCAAUGGACACAACUAAGAAUGGCUACUUUGCAAAGGAAGUCGUCCCAAAGUCACAGCACCUGAAGCCACUGCUUGCCUUGUGGGAUGAAUGCGCUGCGUCCACAGCUGUCUUCCACUGCUCAACAGAGAGGCUGCUAAAACAACUAAAGAAGCACUUCAUCCAUAAAGUGAAAGCCAAAGAGCCGGGGCAAGCCGAUAAAGUUUUCAAAACACUCCUCGAACAAAUGCUGACAUGCUGCAGGAGAGUCCCAUCAGCCACCUACUCAGAGGGAGUGAUAAGCAUCUUCCAGUUCUUCAGCUACUUAAAUGAAAGCAGCGGCGUCGAUUUUGGAGAACAUCUGGCCCAACUCUCUAGAGAAGUGCAGCUCCUGGAAGCUCUGGGAAGCCCAAAGAGACGUAAAGCCCUGAAGAAGCUGAAGGGGAAGAGAAUGACUCAGCUGCAGCCACUGGCUCACACCUUGAAACUUCUGGCUGCUCUUCAGGUCGACGGGAACCACAAAGUUGCCAAAGCAGCCCAUUCAUGCCUUGCCAGAGGCUCAAGGAUCCGGACCUUCAAAGUAAAGGCAUCGGUUUUUUACACAGAGGUUUUGAAAGACAAAGACAUGAGAGUGCAGCUGGCGGCUUGCUGGGCCCUGAAGCAUCUCAAAGCUGUGGAUAGCCUUGAUCAGAUUGUUACAUUGUGGCAUUCAGAAGAUGAAGAACUCCGUGGUGCUGCCAGAGAGACAGUACUUUCAUUUGGCAAAAAAGGACAAGUGGCUUUUUUGAGAAUGGAUAAAAUUUGCUGUGAGCUACAAGAGGAGCCCUUCAGAAAUGCAGACACUGAAAUCACCAUUCUGUGAGUGCUCACCGAAGACCCACCCUGCUCCAAACUCAGAGCUAAAAUGACAGUAAUGUAUCCCUAAAAGACAGAUGCUGGGAAUGAAUAUUUGUUAACAUGCCUGGACCACUGGAGGCUAUUCCCAUGUAUGGCGUCUUCUAAAAAGAACAAUUACAGUCAUUAAUGAACUGCUAUUAUUUUAUUAUCAGCUGUAAAAAGUCUGGGUUUACCGAUUUUAUGUUGCCACAGGAUGUUAGUACUCUCCACUGACCUUCCUAAGACUGGAAAUACUUUGGAUUGAGCACAAGAGACUCUAGGAUUGACUCCUCGGGCAAGCUCGGUCGCUUAAAGCAAUGGAUUCUUAAUAAACGGCUUGUGCGUGUGCACAAAUUGUUGGGGGGCUUUCUUCUCCACAACCACUUUAGUGAGCUCUAAGCUCCUGAUGAUUGUUAUGGGAUCCAAAAACAGAUGAAACCAUUAGAUGUGAUGCUCACGGGACAGUAGCAAUGAGAAAACGCCAGCAUUAAGUUAAAAUGUUACACUAUAUGAUAUACAUAUUCAGUUUUCUUAUUAAAAAAUCUAUAUUUAUAAUUAUAUCGUUCAUGGGUCUAUUGACACAGGGACAGGUUUGCUUUUCAACAUGAGCAUCUCUUUUGGUUAAAAAGUUUAAAAAUUUAUUUUUUUAAUUGUAUUAUAGUUAAGCACAACAUUCUAUUGUCAGACAACGUGCUGAUUGUAUUUGAUUGGUUUCAUUUGCCAGUUUAAAAUUUUUAUUUAAACUUUAAAAUGUAUUGCUAAGAUCAUGUAAAUAAGUGCAUAUCAGAGUCAACCUGAAUAAAAUGUAAAUUGGGGAUAGGCUGGGAUGGAAGAAAUUUGUAGUGGGGCUUUCAAAUGAUUUUGUUGAUUUUUUUACUUACAUUAGCUCUCUCCUGUUUUUUGCAUAAAUCUCAUUAUGACAGUUGGAGCUUUCAACUUUCAACACUCAAAUUAUUUAAAGGAAUACUCCACCAUG